AUGGGAGGGUCCGAAUCUUCACGAGACAGCUCUGACUCAUCAUCGCUUCCGAGUUCUGGUUCCGAUUCACACGUUUUCAUUUUUCUUCUCCUCUCAUUUGCCCUCUGUCUUCUGUUUCUACGUGCCAUUCAGCUGGCGAGUUUUAUGGGUAAUCCUGAAGAUCCCAUUGCUGGGAUUGAAAAUAUAGUACCCAGUUCUGAAUAUAGGCAGCCAAAAAUUCGUCAUGUAACCAAUAGCAGUCCAAUAUUAGACGUCAAAUCAGUAACAUUGGCACUCAAAUGUCCAAGUUGCAAAGAACCUUUUAAUGUGCGUGCAAACUUGACAGCCGUUACAGAAACUACUGCUGCUGCUAGUGCUGCUGCUACUGCUACUGCUGCUGCUGAAAUGAGAUUUAACGUUGCAGGUGCAAAUUUCCCAGUACAUGAAAAUAGAAAACUAAAAUUUGACAAUAAGACCCGCAAUAAAGGACAACUAAAAGUUGUUGUUGCUGCUGCUGCUGAUAGGAACUACACGCCACCUGAAAGUGCGGGAAAACAUCGACGUGCAUAUGACUUUGAUUCUAAAAGUGCGGGAAAACGUCGACGCGCAUAUGACUCUGACACUGACUCUGAUUCUAAGGAUGAUCCCCCUAGUUCAAAGAAAUCCAAGGUUGCCAAUCGCCAUUUGAAAUUCAAUAACUAG